AUGGAGAACAAAGCAAACUUGAUAAAUAUGAGAACAAAAGGAUGCUCCACAAGGCUAAAGAAACAUGCCCCAUCGUUUAUUGAGAUAAGUGACCGACCCACUAAUCCUUUUGCUCCUUCUAUAGAUUCUUCAAAUGCAAUUCCUUUAUUAUCUCCACUUAUAUUAAAUCCACAAACAGAGACUACUAUACAAACUCAAAUGUUACAAAAUAAUGGCAACUAUGGUAAUGCCAUUAACAAUGAGGCUAUGAGUUCACAUUCAUCCUCCAAUAUGCAAAGCAAUGUAUGGAAACAUCCGGCUAUGGCCCCAUUUUCGGAGUCUUCAUCUUUAUGUAAUUUUUUACAAAAGCAAUGUGUUAUUGUGAAUAAUACCCAAUGA